GUUCUGACGGGCGCGGGCUCGGUGGCCGGGCCCAGGGAGGGCGGGGGAGCGGCCGGGAUGAGGGAGGCGGCAGCGGCAGCCGGAGCCGCGCGGAGUCGCCAGCACCAUGGAGACGGGCGGAGGCGGCGGCGGCUUCCUCGUGCCGCUGUUGCUGCUGCUGCCGCUGCUGGUGCCCGGGGCCGCCGCCGAGGAGGUUGUUUUGCUGGAUUCUAAGGAGUCCCAGGCCGAAUUGGGCUGGACGUCGCACCCAUCGAAUGGGUGGGAAGAAAUCAGUGGAGUAGAUGAAAACUACAAGCCGAUUCGUACCUACCAGGUCUGCAACGUCAUGGAGUCGAAUCAAAACAACUGGCUGCAGACAGGCUGGAUUGCCAGGCGCAGUGGCCAAAGAAUCUUCAUUGAGCUGAAAUUCACCCUGAGGGAUUGUAACAGCAUCCCUGGAGUGGUUGGCACAUGCAAGGAGACCUUCAACCUCUACUAUGUUGAGUCAGAUUCUGAUCUGGGCCGCAGCAUCCUUGAGAACAAGCAUACAAAAAUUGACACCAUUGCUGCCGACGAGAGCUUCACCCAGGGGGACUUGGGCGAGCGCAAAAUGAAGCUGAACACAGAGCUGAGGGAGAUUGGGCACCUGAGCAAGAGAGGCUUCCACCUGGGCUUCCAGGACGUGGGUGCUUGCGUGGCUCUGGUUUCCGUGCGGGUUUAUUACAAAAAGUGCCUCUCCACGGUGCAGAACUUGGCAGUGUUUCCAGACACUGUGGCAGAAGCAGCAUUUGCAACCCUGGUGGAAGUUAAGGGCACCUGCGUCAAUCAUUCUGAAGUAGACCUGGAUAGUCCUCCCAGGAUGCACUGCAGUGCGGAGGGGGAGUGGCUAGUCCCCAUUGGGAAAUGUACAUGUAGUGCUGGCUUUGAAGAGAAGGAUGAUGGGUGUGAAGCUUGCCCUACUGGAUUCUAUAAGCUGUCCUCCCGACUCCCUCUCUGCUCUCCCUGCCCCGAACACAGCUUCACACAUCGAGAAGCCUCCACGUUCUGCACGUGCCAGAAGAACUACUCCCGGUCCCCGUCAGACCCGCCAUCUGCCUCCUGCACCCGUCCCCCAUCUGCUCCAAGGAAUCUCAUCUACAGCCUGAAGCAGUCCACGCUGGUCCUGGAAUGGAGCGCACCAGCAGACCUGGGCGGCCGGACCGACGUCACCUAUAACCUCCGUUGUGACCGCUGCUCGGCGGCUCUCCGGCGGCAGUGCGAGCAGUGUGGCAGCAGCGUUGGCUUUGUGCCCCAGCAGACGGGAUUGGUGGACAGGACCGUUACCCUGGUGAACUUGCUACCACAUGUUAACUACACUAUCCGUGUGGCAGCUGUCAAUGGGGUCUCUGAUUUCAGUGCCUUGUCAAAGCCGCAGUACGCGGAAGUGAACAUCUCCACCAGCCUCACAGCACCAGCUCUUGUUGCUGAUCUCCGCACAGAUAAAAUUGAACAGAAGAGCAUUUCCUUGUCAUGGCAGGAGCCGGGCUUCCCAAGUGCCAGUAACACUGAGUACGAAAUCAAGUACUAUGAAAAGGAUCAAAGAGAUCAAAGUUACUCGACCGUGAAGACCGCGUCGACAGCCGUGACAGUCAGUAACCUCAGGCCUGGCACGCGCUACGUCUUCCAGGUCCGGACGGCGUCAGCCCAGGGUUAUGGAAACUACAGUCCUGGCAUUGAAGUGGAAACCUUGGGGGAGCUGACUGUGGCUCCCAGCGAGCAGAACCCUAUCAUCAUCAUCGUGGUGGUUGCAAUCGCUGGGCUGAUUGUGCUGGUUUCCAUGGUGAUUGGUGUGAUGAUCUGGAGGAGACAGUGUGGGUACAGCAAAGCCAGCCAGGACGGAGACGAGGAGCUGUACUUCCAUUUUAAGAUACCAACCAGGAGGACGUACAUUGACCCUGACACCUGUGAAGACCCCACGCAGGCCGUGCACCUCUUUGCCAAAGAGCUCGACAACUCGAGUAUCAAAAUUGAGCGGAUCAUUGGAACAGGAGAGUUUGGAGAAGUCUGCCGGGGAUGCUUGAAACUUCCCAGCAAGAGGGAGCUCCCGGUUGCCAUCCAGACCCUUCGAGCUGGCUGCUCAGACAAGCAGAAACGCACCUUCCUGGCAGAGGCUAGCACCAUAGGCCAGUUUGAUCACUCCAACAUCAUCCGCCUGGAGGGCGUCAUCACCAGAGGAAACACCAUGAUGACUGUGAUGGAAUACAUGGGGAAUGGAGUGCUGGAUUCAUUUCUCAGGAAACACGAGGGCCAGUUCACAGCCACCCAGCUGACGGGUAUGUUACAUGGGAUCGCCUCUGGCAUGAAGUACCUGACCGAGAUGGGCUACGUACAUAAAACCCUUGCUGCCCACAAAGUCCUCGUGAAUAGCAACCUGGUUUGCAAAAUAUCAGGCUUCAGACAGCCCCAGGAAGAUAAAAUGGAGACCAUCUUCACCACCAUGAGUGGGAAGAGCCUGGUCCUGUGGUCAGCCCCCGAAGCCAUCCAGUACCAUCGCUUCAGUGCCGCCAGUGACGUGUGGAGCUUUGGCAUCGUGAUGUGGGAGGUGAUGUCUUACGGGGAGAGACCCUACUGGGACAUGUCCAACCAGGACGUGAUAAAGGCCAUCGAGGAUGGGUUCCGGCUGCCUCCCCCGAUGAAUUGCCAGCCCCCGCUUCACCAGCUCAUGCUGGAUUGUUGGCAGAAGGAGCGAAAUGAGAGGCCCAAGUUCUCACACAUCCACAAUAUCCUAAGCAAGAUGCUUCAAAACCCAGAGCCACUGAAAUGUACCACCUCCACUUGCAGCAGGCCUCACAAUCCAUCCAUCCCCCUGGCCGAACGCACUUUCUCAGCCUUCCCGUCUUUCAGCUCCGUGGGUGAGUGGCUGGAAGCCAUAGAGAUGGGCAGAUACAAAGAUAACUUCACCGCUGCGGGGUACUGCUACCUGGAAUCUGUGGCAAGGAUGACAGUCCAAGAUGUCCUGAGUCUGGGAAUCACCUCAGUGGAACAUCAGAAAACCAUCCUGAGUGGGAUCCAGACCCUGCGAGCCCAGGUGAUACAGAUGCAUGGUCGAGGCGUGCAGAGUCCAGAGCACAGCGCGCUCUAAUGGCCCAGCAUUGAAAGGUGACUUGGCCCGGCCCAUCCAUUCCUGUCCUUCC